CAUCAAGAAGUUAUUAUGAGAUAUAUCAAGACUUUUGAGAAGGGAAUGACAUCCAAGGAUAAGAACAUUAAUCUGGUAGGUGAGGAGACAAUCCAACCACCGGUGUAUUCCGGUAUUGAUCGAAAUGUUCUCGAUGUUCAUGUCAAUAAUGAAGAUAGAGAAAGCAAAAGGGAAAAUAAAUCAAUUAUUUCAAACUCACCUAAAACUUGUGAUUAUCCAACCAGUGGUGGAUCAGAAACUGAGCCUUUGAGGAAAAGAAACAGUUCAGACAGAUCUAGUGGGUUACCACCAAUUGCUCCUUCAAGGGUCAAAUCUUUACCUCCAAUUUCUCGUAGAAAUUCCAUGUCUGCUUUCGAUUACGAAAUGUCUAAAAUAGACAAUGAAGUCGGGUUGCUAAGAGAAAGGCUAAGGAUUAUGCAGCAAGGAAGAGAAAAGCUUAAUAUCCCUGCAGGUCCCAAGGAAAGGGAACAGUCUCAGAUGCAAAUGAUGGAAAACCUUGCAAGUCAACUUCGAGAGAUACGACAAUUAUCGGUACCUAGGAAGGCUUUGCGACAGGCAUCUUUGCCCUCUCCAUCCUCUAAGGUUAUGUCAAAGAAGAAACAUCAACGCGGUGCCCCUUUAGGAGCGAUGAAAAGCAUUUAAAGGAUAGAAUUGUACUUACAAAUUUCGGUAAACGGGAUGAGCUAGAUAGUUCGAUUGGUUUGAUCCAUUUGGUACAGCGCUGAUAUCUUC